AUGGGAAAUCACACAAGAUUGACAGUGUUUAUCCUAGCAGGUUUGACUGAUGACCCACAAAUGAAAAUUGUGUUAUUUAUUUUCCUACUUCUCACCUACUUCAUCACUGGGAACUUGACGAUUAUCACCCUGACUCUGUGGGAUGGCCACCUCCAAACCCCCAUGUAUUUCUUCCUCAGAAAUUUCUCCUUACUUGAUUACUGCAAGUCUAAUGUUAUCGACCAUUUUAGUUGUGGUUAUUUCCCCUUAUUAUACCUUUCUUGUUCAGACACCAAAUUUCUAGAGAUAGUAGGGUUUUCCUGUGCUGUGGUUAUUCUAUUGUUCACUUUAGCAUUAAUAAUUCUGUCCUAUACAUAUAUCAUCAGAAUAAUUUUGACGAUCCUUUCUACCACUCAGAGGACAAAGGCCUUUUCCACAUGUUCUUCCCACAUGAUUGUCAUCUCUAUCUCUUAUGGCAGCUGCAUUUUCAUGUAUAUGAAUCCAUCAGCAAAGGACAGGGUGUCUUUGACCAAGGGGGUGGCUGUGCUAAAUGCCUCCAUACCUCCCAUGCUGAACCCCUUUAUCUAUACCCUAAGGAUUCAGCAAGUCAAGCAAGCCUUCAUGGAAAUGGAAAGGAGGACUGUAUUUUUCUCAAGCAAAUGA